AACAUAUACAAAUCUUGACUGGAGCACCAUGAUUGCUUCAUCCCUGCAUCAGGCAAGACUUUUCAUGCAGUGGGGAGGUGUGACUGUGGUGCAAAAAAGUAGUGAGGAAGGAGGUGGUGAUUCGCUUUUUUUUGUCUCCGCACUCUGAUUUCAUCCCCGCCGACCCAUCGAGAGGGAUUGCCUACCUCCUCUUAUCAUGGGAAAGUCAAGAAAAAGCGGCCAAAAGAAAAGCGGACGCCCCAAUCAGCCGCCUCAACGCAAUGGGUCGUCUGGCGACACUCCACAAUCCACGCCAUUCCAGCCAUUGAACAUGUUUUACCCCCAACACCAAUACGCCGCCAUUCCCGAAACCGCAUCGGAUUCCGAUUCCCAUCACAGUAGUCAUCGUCAAAGCAAUGGCCAAGAUUCUCGGCCUAGUUAUUUCACCACGUCGCCUCGUCGCAUGGACGCAGACGAUAUUUUGAUCGAUAUGCGCAACAAGGACAGUAGUCAUCCAAAUAUGCGUGAAACUGAAAGAGUGGAACCUGCGAAUAUGUAUAAUUCGGAUGUCGAUACGGCCGGGUCAACGCACAGUUCAGUGGAAGGGGAUGUAUGUUUUCCUACCCCGAGUAAGAAGGAAGAAGGUGGCAUCGAUUACGAAGCGUUAGAUAAUUACGUGAGAUGCGAAUGCGAACAAUUGCAAGCAGCCAAAGAUACCUGUGAUAUGGUCAAUGGCCACCGACAACGACGGCGGCGGUUAUCGACCAUGCAGACAUUCGAUACAAGACGAUACAGCCUUUACGGUGACAGGAUGAAGCAUCCCGAGGCCAGUGACUCGGAUCAUUUUCGAUUCAGUUAUUACUCACCUGCCGAACCGUCGACGAUUCACGCUCGCACAAUCAGCGAGAUCCCCACCAAAGACGAGAAACUAAGCGACAUGCUGAAAAGGGGGUGUUUCUGGAUCGAUGUGCUGAACCCCACCGAUUCAGAAAUGAAGGCACUUAGUCAGAUAUUUCGCAUUCAUCCUUUGACGACGGAAGACAUAACCAUGGAAGAACAACGGGAAAAAUGCGAAGUGUUUUACAAUUACUAUUUCAUCUGUUUCCGCAGCUUUGAACAAGAUCAGCUCAGUGCCAACUACCUUCAACCAUUAGCGAUCUAUAUCAUUGUAUUCAAAGAAGGCGUGCUAAGUUUCCAUUUUCGACCGAUGCCCCAUCCGAACAAUGUCCGAAAACGAAUAAAGCAACUGAAGGAUUAUAUCAACGUUACACCAGAUUGGAUUUGUUACGGCGUCCUUGAUGAUAUCACCGACUCGUUUGCGCCUUUGAUCCGAGCCAUUGAAUUUGAAGUGGAUUCUAUUGAUGAACUCGUCUUGAUCUUGAAAGAGUCUGAGCAAUCCGACAUGCUGAGGCGGAUUGGCUAUUGCCGCAAACGAAUGAUGGGCUUAUUAAGAUUACUGGUAUCCAAAGCAGACGUGGUCAAGACGCUGAUCAAACGGGGAGAAGUCAAACCAGUGGAAGGCACACGACCGGCCCUAAGUAAUGAAGUCUCACUCUAUCUGGGAGACGUCCAAGAUCACAUCAUCACCAUGCUCCAGUCACUCAAUCAUUACGAAAAGAUAUCAUCACGAUCGCACUCCAAUUACCUCGCCCAAGUUUCCAUCGAGAUGACGCAAACGAAUAAUGAGAUCAACGACGUCUUAUCCAAACUGACCGCACUAGGAAGUGUGCUUGUUCCAAUGAAUCUUGUCACUGGUUUGUGGGGAAUGAACGUCCAGGUGCCAGGCCAGUAUCAGGAAGAUUUGACUUGGUUCACUUGUAUUCUAUGUUCCAUCUUAGCGUUCUGUGCCGCUUCCACCUUGGUGAUGCGCCAUUACAACAUUGUAUAAAAAAAGCGACUUUCUCUCCACCCGUUCUAAAUAGAGCUCAAUUUGCGUUCAUUUCAUUCACCAUUUUUUGGGUUAUCGCACAAUGAUGUACAGUAUACUACCAAACAUCCUUUAUGAUAAAAAAACAAUUCCAUACCACACACUUUACUAUUGCGCCAACGGCAAGACUCCGCACAGCAUCUCACGCCAUCUUUUCCCGCCCAGUUCCCGCGGCCAAAAAGAUGCCCCGCUAUUCG